GUCUCCAUUCACAUGUUAAUUAGCCCCUAUAAAUACUAACAACAGCCCCCCAGCGCCGGCAGCACGUCGCUCUGCGAUCGCGCCUCGUCUUUGAGUUUGGUGGAAAUUCUCUUUUUCCUUUCUUUCUGUAACCGGUGCCGCUCGCCAGCUGCUCCUCUGGACUGACGGAAUAAAGGGACGCGGGAGAAGCCACUGAAGCGGCGAUCCGACCAACAUGGCCCCCUCGGCUCGGCCCAGCGGCACCGGCCUGGAGAUGGAGGAAGAAGAGCCGUACUACGGGAUCCACAAAGGGGACAGAAAGACCAGGAAACCGCUGGUGGAGAAGAAGAGGCGAGCUCGCAUCAACGAGAGUCUGCAGGAGCUGAGGACCUUGCUGGUGGACACGGACUUUCAUUCCAAGAUGGAAAACGCAGAGGUGCUGGAGAUGACGGUGAAGAAGGUGGAGGAUGUUCUGAAGAACCGAACCCAAGAGGCCGACGCACUGGGCCGAGAAGCCAGCGAGAGGUUCGCGGCGGGCUACAUCCAGUGCAUGCACGAGGUCCACACCUUCGUGUCCAGCUGCCCCGGCGUCGACCCCGCGGUGGCGGCGGAGCUCCUCAACCACCUCCUGGAGUGCAUGCCCCUGAACGAGGACCACCUCCAGGACGUGCUGAUGGACCUAAUCACUGACACUCCCGGCGGGACGCGCGGCGGCGGCGACGAGUCGAUGUGCUCGACGCCGGCCUCGCCCGGGGGGAGGAGCCUGUGCGGCGGCGGCUCGUCGCCGUCCUCCACGGCGUCCAGCGAGGACCUCUGCUCCGACCUGGACGAGACGGACAGCGAGCACAACCAGAGCUCCAGCGAGGCCCCGGAGGACAGAGACGCCCUGUGCGUGCCCACCGGGACCUACCCCCGGUCCAUGUGGAGGCCCUGGUAGGGCCCCCAUGGGGAGGGAGGAGGGGGGGAGGGGGGGGAGUUUCUUUUUCCGGAUUCCCCACAUUGAUGUUCACCCCUACGCAGGGCACCCUGGGGCCCAGGGACGUUCCGUGGAGAGGGGGGGGGGCCUCCGAGGACGACAUGCCUCUGUAGAAAUCCACUCCUCGAGUGGUAAAGGUCGGAGUUUCCCUUUAUCUCCGAAAAAAGGGGGCCCUUCCUCUGAAGGACCGUCCCCCCGUCCCCCCUUCCCCCCGAGCUGUGGGUCCUGCUGAAAGUACAGGGUCCUCUGUUGUGACUCUUCUUUCCACCUGUAGAGAGACGAGAAGCACCUCUCUCAACAUUCACUUCCAAGCCAACAAAGGGCGAGCGAGGAGUUGGUUUUGUUGCCGUCGCUCCGUGGAAAUGGGACUCGUAUGUGGAGAAAAGCUCUUUUAGAAACCCGAAAAGUUCGGCUAAGCCUCUGAUUUAAUAUUUAAAUAUUUCUAUUGUGUUUCAUGAAGGCCUGUAGUUUAUCGGACCAGUAGCCUCGUUCAGAAUGACCACUUUACGCUGUGAUGUUUAAGCAAUUUAAGUAAAAUGUCUGCAUUUUGCUGAAUAAAAUGAUGUAAUUGAAAAGCUCUCGCCUGGUCGACUCAAUGCUAAGAACUUGUAUGACUAUAAUACGCCGGUAUGAAAGCAAAACUCCUCUGCAAAAUCAAUGAAUGUUAAGUUAUUGUUGAUAAUUGACUUAUGUGUGAAGUGAUUGAGGCUAAUAUGCUAUAAGCACUGAGGUGGAUCGGUCUUAA